AGGAGUCUCCCCACUAUAAAUAGGUCUGCUCGCUUCUUGCAGACAGGAGUCUGAUAAAGAUUGGGGGUGUCAGCAGCGCCAGGCAAGAGUUGUAGGGCAAAAGACCGAAACCUCUUGAAGGCUGCACAAGACAAAGGACGUUUGAUGAUGGCACAGAUGGUCUCAGCUGCAUUUUGCCUCCUCCUCCUGUUUCUCCCCCUGAAAUCCUGCUUCCCUUCAGAGUGGCCCAGGCCAGCCGUGUCCCAUCUGUUUCCAGUAAGCAGCCUGAGCUGGGAGCAGUGGCUUAGCCGCUCAGAGUGGGAGGACAACCCCCCAAGACCCCCGGCUGGUUCAGAAGAUGGAAUCUUCCAAGACCAAAGAUCUCCCGGGUCCUGCAAACCACCAGAGGCCAGAUCGGGGUCCCAGCAUCAGCAGCAGAGAGCUGAGCGGUCUGCCGGCUCCAGCAAAAGACGCGAUGGCCGCCCAAACUCCCUAGACUUGACCUUUCACCUCCUCCGGGAGUUCCUGGAGAUGUCCCGCGAAGAGAGACUGGCUCAGAAAGCUCGGAGUAACAAAAUAUUGCUGCAUAAUAUUGGCAAGUGAACAGGGAUUGAAUGGAGGGACUGGGCAUAACUGUAAAGCUUAACAUUUAUUCUUUCAAUUGUGCAGUUCAGUGUUCUUUUUUGGGGGGGUGGGAAUGAUGUGAUAUCCCUUAAUCUUGGGUCUGCUCUGUCAAUUUCUCCUACACUUGUAUGUGUUUGUGUGUGUUAUAUUGGAUCCUUUUGCCCAGCAACAAAAGAGGACAAUGUGUUUUGCUACAACUCCCAGAAAGUUUCUAAUUCACAUUGUUAAUAUACUUUCUAUAGUGCUGUCAAUACACGCCAGCCCUCUUUGACAGAGGGGCAUAAGGGGGGAAAGGGCAGUUUCCGGGCAAAAGGUGUUCCAAAUUUGAGAUGGCAGAAGGAGUGAGGGGUAUGAGUUGAGCAAGGCUAUCAGGCUUCAAACAUGAGUGAAAAUGCUCUCCUAGAACGUCGUGCAGAGUUUUUUCUAGUGUUGCAUUCGCAGGUACAACACAAAAUUUGAAGUGCUUGUUCUAAACCUGCAGAGGCUCAUACAGAAAUUUUUAAGAACUGAAAAGCCACAGCGGUUCUGCAAGCAGAUUUUGGGCAAGAGUCAAGGGGAAACCAGUCUCCUACUCUUUCCUGAUAAAGAAGGAGGUCAUUUCUUUAUUUCAGAUACAGUGGGGGUGGGGUGGGGAAUAUCUUUCCUGUGCUAGAACUCAGCUAGAAGCAGAGGUCCUUAAACUGUCCAUCGUCAAGCCUGUGAUUAAAUCCUGCCAAAAAUGUA